AAGCCCCGGGAAUCUGUAUGAGACCCAGAAAUGAAAUACAGGAAAGUUUCACAAUUUUCAGAUCUAAUAAAACAAAAGUACUUUCUUUAAUCUUCCUCCUCGUCAAAUCCAAAGUUUUAACCAACACAAACUACCUCUCGAAUUCUACACUACCCAUCACAACAUAUACGUACACCUCUCCCCCAUUUGCUAAAACUCGGACUUUCUUCUUUUUCAUACGAAGUUUUAUCCAAAUAGUUAUUUGGGUACUUCCAUAAUGAUUGUUGAUAAAGAGAAAUCUGAGGGUGAAAAGAAGGUUUGGAGUUUGUGUAAAAUGCCGUUUUGGCAAACACCCAGCGGUUCUUCUUCUUCGUCCUCAUCUUCUACUUCAUUGUCUGCUGUGAAUCACAACAGUGUUUAUCAGCAGAGCCACACUCUUCAGCCUGUUGAGAAAUCUAAUGUUGGUUCCUCCAUCGCUGUUUCUUCUAUGGCAAAGUCUCUGCUUCCUACUAGAAGAAGGCUCCGGCUUGAUCCACCCAACAAGCUGUACUUUCCUUAUGAACCUGGUAAACAGGUCAGAAGUGCAGUUGAGAUUAAAAACACCAGCAAGUCUCCUGUAGCUUUCAAGUUCCAAACAACGGCACCAAAGAGUUGUUAUAUGCGCCCUCCAGGUGGUAUACUUGCUCCUGGUGAAAGUCUUAUUGCAACUGUGUUCAAGUUUGUGGAACCUCCAGAGAACAAUGAGAAACCAGUAGACCAGAAGAGCAAGGUUAAAUUCAAGAUCAUGAGCUUAAAAGUGAAAGGAGAAAUGGACUAUGUUCCAGAACUGUUUGAUGAGCAAAAAGAUCAGACAGCAGUGGAGCAGAUUUUGCGGGUUGUUUUCCUUGACGCAGAACGUCCUAACCCUGCACUAGAAAAACUCAAGCGACAAUUAGCUGAGGCUGAAGCUUUACUUGAGGAGCGGAAGAGGCCUGCAGAGGACGCAGGACCCCGCAUAGUUGGAGAAGGACUAGUUAUAGAUGAAUGGAAAGAACGAAGAGAAAGGUAUCUAGCAAAACAGCAAGUGGAAGGGGUUGAUUCUGUUUAAACUCUUCGUUUCCCUUGGCUGCCAAUACUUGGGAAGCUUUUCCCUCGGGAGGAGAUUGAAGCAAUGUGUUUUGUGAAUUUCAUUUGGUUUCAGACACUUUGAUGAUUCAUGGUUUCUUUGUCAUUACUUGUAGAUAUAAAAAGGAUUUUUGAUUUACUUCUGGAAGUUUUGCUCAUUCUGGAUCCAUUUCUGUACUGCAUUUGAUCUGGGAUUUCCUUAAAUUUAUGAAACGGAUUAUGUUUUAGUGUUUGA